AUGACAGCCCUCAUUCACGACCUUCCUUCCGCCUGGCAUGUGGACCAAGCAUGCAUGUCCGAAGACGAACGCGUUGUCGUAAUUCGCUUCGGCGAUCCCUCCAAGCCCGAAACCUGGGAACAAGACGAGAUGCUAUACAAGAUCGCCGACAAGAUCCGUAAUUUUGCUGUCAUCUACACCUGCGACAACACCAAGAUCAAAGACUUCAACCAGAUGUAUGAACUCUACGAUGAUAAGCAAGAUUUGAUUGAUGUGGUCGAGGUGAUUUAUCGAGGUGCGAAGAAGGGUAGGGGUCUGGUUGUCAGUCCAAAAGAUUACUCGACGCAUUACAAGUAUUAG